CGUAAAAGGAAAAAAAAAACAUUGAAAGAAACAAAAAUUACACAAAUUAUGAAAUAAUAAAAAUAAAUAAGUUUGCGGAUAUUUUAACGUAACCAUAAAUGUCUAUAAAGUGUAGUUUUGUUGUACGUACAACUGGCGUCUUAGUAGUUAAUAAGUAAAUCAAACAGUACUGAAUACCCGUUUAUAGUAUCUAAUCAGACAGAUAAUAGUAUAGUGAAAAUGGUCGACAUAAACAAGUAUCUUGAAACUCAAUUGGCACUAGCAAAACAAAGAUUUCAAAUCAAAAACUCCAAAGAUGACAAAGUUUCAAUAAAAAGUAAAGUGGCAGCAGAGACAAUAUCAAAGAAGCAGAACAAAAACUUUUCUAAGAAGUAUUCGAAAGAUGAACAUAACAUAGAAUUUAGUGAACAGUUGCAAAUUGAUACUAAGAUUAAUAAGCAGUCUAAAGAUAUAGAAUCGGAUGAUGAUGAAGAAUAUUUGCCAUCAGACUACGAUAGUGAUGAUGACGUUCCACUUUCAUGCAUUCCAUCUACAUGUCGAGUAAAAAAGAAUUUGAAUAAAAUAAUAGAUGAUGGUGACCAAAAUCAAUAUAAUUCUAGAAUAAAAUUGUGGAAAGAAAGUCAAGUAGCUGCAUGUUCAGGUAAAUAUAAGGGUGAUAUUAUUUCUGCAGAUAUUAAAUACAUUUUGGAUGGAAAUAAAGAAUUUGACAAAAAACAUGAGAUACAAAAUGGUUUGCUCAUACCUAAUUAUAUUUGGAAACAAUUAUAUAAGUACCAAAAAGUUGGUGUGAAAUGGUUGUGGGAACUGCACCAAAUAUCAUCAGGAGGUCUACUUGGUGACGAAAUGGGUUUAGGGAAGACCAUUCAAAUUAUUGCAUUUCUGGCGGGUGUAUCAAACACUGAUAUUGGAAAAUGGAGUGGACUUGGGCCUACUAUAAUUGUUGCGCCAGCAACAAUAAUUUAUCAGUGGGUUUCACAUUUUCACUUCUGGUACCCACUUUUAAGAAUUGCUGUACUGCAUCAUUCAGGGUCUCAUGUUGGAAACCAUAGUAAACUUAUCAGAGACAUGCAUCAAUCUCAUGGUAUUUUACUGGUGACUUAUGCUGGUAUUGGAAAGUAUUCUAAGGAUUUAUUAGCCAGGAAAUGGCACUAUGUUAUUUUAGAUGAAGGCCAUAAAAUUAGAAAUCCUAACACACAAGUCAGCAAACUAAUAAAAAAGGUAGAUACACCUCAUAGAAUUAUUAUAACUGGAUCACCAAUGCAAAAUAGUUUACAGGAAUUGUGGUCUCUUUUUGAUUUCAUGAGUCCAGGAUUGCUAGGAUCAUAUAACACUUUUAUGGAACAUUUUGCAUAUCCCAUAACUCAAGGUGGUUAUGCUAAUGCUACUCAACUUCAAGAGGCAACAGCUUUAGAAAUAGCUAAAGCAUUAAAAAACAUAAUAACACCUUAUAUAUUAAGAAGAACAAAAGCUGAAGUUCAAGACCAUAUUAAACUACCUGAAAAAAAUGAACAAGUUUUGUUUUGUGUUUUGAGUCAAGAACAAAGAGAUCUCUAUAUGGGGUACCUUAUGAGUACUACUGUUCGUAGUGUUCUAGACAAAGAUAAUAAGUUUGGUGAUCCUCUCAGAGGUAGAAUUUUAGUAGCUUUGUCUACUUUAAGAAAAAUCUGUAAUCACCCAGAUUUGUACCUAUAUGAAGCACAAGAAAAUAUAGAAGACAUAGAUGAGGAGAAAUUUGGUUAUUGGGAAAGAUCAGGUAAAAUGACUGUUGUAAACUCAUUAUUGAAAAUCUGGCAAAAACAGGGUCAUAGAGUUCUAAUAUUUACUCAAUCUCGAGCUAUGCUGUGUAUAUUGGAACAAUAUUUACAAAGACAGAAUUAUAUGUAUUUAAAAAUGGAUGGCACUGUAAGUGUAAGCCAAAGACAAAAUCUAAUUAAAAACUUUAAUGAAAAGUCUGAAUACCUUGUUUUUCUUUCUACCACAAGAGUUGGCGGAUUGGGUGUAAAUUUAACAGGAGCUGAUAGGGUUAUUAUAUAUGAUCCAGAUUGGAAUCCAGCUACCGAUAAUCAAGCAAAGGAGAGAGCCUGGAGAAUAGGACAAGAGAGGGAUGUUACAGUUUAUAGAUUACUUUCGGCUGGUACUAUAGAAGAAAAAAUAUAUCAAAGGCAAAUAUUUAAACAUUUUUUAAGUAACAAAAUAUUAGUAGAUCCUAACCAAAAAAAUGUCUUAACUACAAGCACACUUCAAGGUUUAUUUACAUUAGAAGAACCAGAUGGUAAUGGAGAUACUGAGACAGCUUCUCUUUUCAAGCACACAAAGAUCAGUGUUGCUGUAAAGGACAAAAAUAGAAACAGUGUAAGUAGUUCUACAUUUAAACUACUAGAAAUGAGAAAGAAGGCCAGAGAAAUAAGCAAAAGAAUAUCAAAGGAAGCAGAAAAAAUGAAAGUGCCGCAAAUAGAAGAAGAUCCUCGCGAAAGAUACAAGAAACAGCGAGAACUUUUAAUGAAUCCGCCUGAAAUUCAAGAACCAGAAAUUAAUUUGGUCAAUGAUUUAGUAACUAAUUCUUCAUUUGACAAAGUCAUAUCAGAACUGGAGAUAAUUGAAAUGCAUACAAAAAAAGAUUAUGAGGAAAAUUUAAUCCAGCAGGUUUUAAACAGUCAAGAAGUUUCAGUACAAGUUGAAGUUUCCAGUGAAACACAAAUAUUAGAUGAACACAGUAAAAAUAGUACCAUGCUACAGACUAUUGAAAAUAUUACUCUGAAAAACCAAGAAGAUGUAGUAGUAAGUGAAGACAACCACCUUUCUGACCUAGUAUUAAAUCAAGUAAAUCACAAAAAGCGAAAACAAAAAAAAAAUGAAUCAGAAUAUGAAAUAGACAACUUGUUAGCCAUUAAGAAAGUAAAGAAAAACAAAAUUAAACUAGAUAAAGAGAAAGUAAGUAAUGAUAAUGAUUAUGUUUUAAGUAAACUUUUUGCCAAGGCUGGGGUUAAAAAUGCAUUGCAACAUGAUGUUGUAGUCGGAUUAGCAGAAAAAGAGAAAAGGCAUAGAAUGAAAGAGGAAGCUUUAGUAAAAGCAAAAUUAGCUGUGAGAGCCCUAAAGUUUUCUUUAUAAUUGUUGUUAUUUUAUCAUAUAUUUAUGAAAAUACUAUAAUUGCUGCUUUAUUAUGUUGUCUAUA